CGGAGCGUACGUGCGCCAUACCUCUGUCGCUGUACGCCUUUUUCGUCAAUAUACGGAAUCGUGUGUUUUGUUGUUGUCGCCAAAGGUGCACUACGUUCGCAGAGUGCACACCUUUGUGAACUCACCGUCGUCCGUUCGCCGACAACGUGUGUGCGUUUUCUUCCCGGUUGUUAUUACAAGUGUUUCGAUCGUUCGGUCGUUCUCACCUCAGAGUCCACGGGUGUGUUUUGUGGCUAGGUGCACGUGACAAUAUCAUCUUCAGGAUGAUUAUAGGUGAGUGAUAUGGAGAAUUUCGGUCCAUUGCAACGAUACAUUUUUUGGUUUGGUUUGAAAUUGUGGUUUGUGAAAUGAGGAGAAAUUUUUACCCUGUGUCGAAGAGCGUGCAGCUGUGAGCGGUGAAGUUAUUACGCUUUCCGUAUGAAACGUGUGCAAUAACAGCAGUCGGUUGUAGUAAUAAUAACAACAGCAAGAAUACUACACAAUCGGCGAAAGAGUACCGCAAAGGAGAAUGCGGGCAAAAUGUAAUGAUAAAUGAUUGAUUGAAUUUUUUUUUUCGGUGCUGCGCUCGUGAAGUGCUCAUUAGAUUUGGUCAAAGUGCUCCUCGUCAUCGGCAAUCAGAAGAGCUGCUCGGAGGUGAAAUAGUGUGCGGUGCUAUUGUGUUUGUGGAUGCAUGCAAAAUAAUUGCGCUGAAAUCGAUUGACCAAUAACCGAAGCAGAAGAAGCGAUUGAGUUGAAGAAUUUUAAGAAGCAAAGAGUGCGAAAGUUUCGGGAAAGUGAUGUUGCCAAAAUUGAUGGCUUCGAAAGGUGUAAGGUGAAAAUUACUUGCAUGUUUUUUUCUUCGGUGUGUUAUGAAGCAGCAAAUGAAAUGAAAAAAAUAUGAAAAAUCACAGCUUCUGAUUCGUGGAAGUGUGAAGUGAAACGGAAAUUGUUUGUUUUGAAUUAAUACCGCCGAGUCACGUCAAGUUCAAAGCCGUGCUUAGCCGGUUGAAAAAAUAAAAUGUGAUUUAGUCCGGUUUGUGCGAUUAAUUAGCUAAUUGGAGGAAGAAAGAACGAGACAGGUCCGGUGUCGCUAGAUCGAAGCAGAUCACGCCAAUCGGAGAUUAAACGAGAAGCACCAUCACUGGCAGAAGCAGCAGUCGUAGUGUUGGCGGUCAUUAACGCAGUUUAGCUAAACGUUCGGUUGUCACGAAAGCGUGUCUUUUCCUCCGCUGAAGCUAGCGAAAGCGGAAGUGAAAGAAGAAGUAUCAAGUAGGCGCCAAAGUUGAAGUUUUGGUUGUUGUUCCGUGGCCAGUGGGAAAAGAAGCAGCAGUUGAGCAUCAUGCCGCAUCCAAUGACACCGCAGUCACCAACGCCGACGAUGCUGACCAGCAGUCGCAGUAGCAGUAUGCAUCUAGUGGAGUACGACUACGAUGAGCCGAAACCGGCCAAGAAAAUCUUGGCCAAGGCCAUCUACGAGAACAUCGCAGAGAGCACGGAUGAGCUGGCCUUCCGGAAGGGCGACAUCCUAACCGUCAUCGAAACCGACACCAGCGAACUCAGAGGAUGGUGGCUGUGCCAGCUGCGGGGACGACAGGGCAUCUGUCCGGGCAAUCGACUGAAAAUAAUUCAACCACACGAUUCGGGCUGUUUCACCCUGUCUCCGGCAUCAUCGCCCUGUCCCUCGAUUGGCCCAGGAACCAAUCUCAACAGUCCGGUCCCGAGCGACAUCUACGAGAACACAUCGAGCGCUUCGUCGACGACGGCAGCAUCCAGACAGCAGCAGCAGGGCAAGCGAAGAUCCUGGCACAUCAAUCCCAACAAGGUUCUCACACCCCAGAAAUGUGGAGACGUCUAUCUGUAUGACCUGCUACCGACCCCGACGACCCGAGGAGGCAGCCCGUAUCAGCAGCAUUCCGCUUCGGCCGACGCCCUCGACACAUACGACGUCCCGAAGCCGGCCGUUCCCAUAAACUACGACUCACCACGGGCGUGGUCACGAACACCGCCACACUACAGCCACCAAAAUCCGCACCAUUCGCCGCACACCCCGAACUACAGCAGCCAUCAUCACCCAGCGCAUCACCACUUCAGCUACAGAAUGGAGGAAUCCUACGACGUCCCGCGACCGGUGAACAACCUACUUGCUCAACAGAACCUCACCCCCAGUAGUUCCAAUUCCUCGCUGCUCACCUCGGACAGUCUGAGUCUGUCCUCUUCGAAUCGAUCCUCCCUGGCCAACAUGCCCGAUUAUGACGUUCCACGGAGGAAUCCCGUUUCGAUACGUUCCACACCUCCCCCACCGCACCAGCAACAGCAGCAACCUGCCACACCCCAUUCGCAGACCAGUGGCAUCUUCAGCAGCAACCAUUCGAUGUCGAUGUCGUCGUUUUCCUCCAGCACUAGUACUUACGAUGUUCCUCAGACUCCUCUUCACCAGCAGCAACAGCAGCAGCAGCAGCAGCAGCACCAGGUGCAAACGCCACUUCCCGCGAAGGAACUUCCGCUGGAAUUGUCGUCCGCGCUGGAGACUCUCGCUCGGUUACAGAACGAAGCGACUUCCGCCGUUUCAAGACUUCUUGGCUUUGUCUCGCCUAAUUGGAGGACAAAGGAAAAACUGGAUCCGAUUUUGAUGGAUCUAAAGUUGGCCGCUGUGCGGCUCCGAACUGCUCUGCACGAUCUAGCCGAGUUUGGCGACGGUGCACUGGGAAAUGCAUCCAAAGCUGAGGAUAAAGGCCUAGCACAGAAGCUGAGACCGCUGGUGAAAGCUUUGCGCGACGCGGAUAAACUCGUUCACGAGGCAUCACAAAACCUGGACAACCAAGGCUGGACCAUGGUGACGCUCCAGCGACCUGAGGCCACGCAGAAGCUCCAACAGCAACUACCUCCGGACAGUUUGGAUCAGCUGAUUGCAUGUGCCCAAACGUUGACGGAGGACGUCCGACAGACGGCUUCGUUCAUCCAAGGCAACGGAACGCUCUUGUUCAAGCGAAGCACUUCCUCUUCCACUGCCACAACACCACAAACUCCAACCGGACACAGCAAGACCACACCCGGAAGUAUCAACCACAAUAAUAACCAAGGCGAAUGGCCCGAAGACUACGACUACGUGAGUUUAGAAUCGAAGGAAGCCUCGGCCAAAUCCAACGCCGAAAUUCACGACGCACUGCCGCAGGAUUUGAAGAAGAACUUUGAGAACGUGGUGCGGAAUGCGGACGCGGCAGCAGCCGCCGGCAGCGAUAAAACGGAAGCCCUAAACCCGAACGACAAAUCCGUACUGGUUUACUAUGCCACGCAAACGGUGACGCACAUGGGAUACCUAACGCAAGCGAUCGACGCCUUCCUGCAGACGGUGGAGCACAAUCAGCCGCCGAAGUUUUUCCUCGCCUACGGAAAGUUCGUUGUGCUGAGUGCCCACAAUCUGGUCAACAUCGGGGACAUUGUGCAUCGGAACGUGUCGCGGGAGAACGUCAAAACGCGGGUGCUGCAGUGCGCGGAUGCCCUGUCCGAAGCGCUCAAAACGUGCGUGGCCAAGACGAAGAAAGCGGCCCAGCACUUUCCCAGUGUGACGGCCGUCCAGGAGAUGGUCGAUUCCGUGGUGGACAUUUCGCAUCUGGCUAGCGAUCUGAAGAUCGCCAUGCUGGACGCGGUGCAGCAGUAAGCAGCCCAUUCCUAGGGUUCGAUUUUCUAAAGCUAUCAUGUCUAGUGAUCUCAAAUUUGAGCAUUCUUUUGGGUUUUGUUUUCUGAGAGGUGGAUUGGUUUGCGAUUGGGGGAACGGUUAUAGCUCGUAUAUCGCGGGAAAUUAUUCAGUAUUUUCUCAUUUAACCUGAAACAAAUACAGCAUUCGCUUCAUGUAUGCGGUGGGUGGUACCGUCCACCCACCGCUAUUUCUCCGCUGUCCUUCAACCAAUUACGUUGAUUUUCUGUAUGUGAUUAGUGUCAACUUGGGUCAUGAUUA